GCCACUGUCAUGAGAAAAACACAGGUGGCAGUCAUGACAAGGAGAAAUAUUUCGAUGACCAGCAUGAGUCAGUUACAGCAGUGACAGAAGGACACUCCGAGGGAGGUGCAGAAGAUCCAGAAGUCCUUACUCAGAGUUCAGCAAGGGAUCCCUCCUUCUUGAGACUGGAAAACACAGUCACUGCAGAAAGCAACAGUUCAGAAGGAAUGGAGAGUUUAGAAGAUGAUCAGAUGUCUGAAGAGAUGCUGGCUUUGGUGGAUGAGUUUGAAAACUCUUGGCCUCAGGAAGCUUUUGAAGGGGCACUGGAGGUAAAAGGUCGUCGGAUGGGCUUGCAGGGAAUCCGGGUCCUAAAGAAGGGUUCUCAAGAUGGACUGGCUAGCUCUUGUUUUGGGGACUGUGGUGAUGAUGAUGAAGCUGAAUGGAUCACUUUUCAGGUCAAACGUUUAAAGAAACCAAAAGCUGAAAACUUGGAUCUCCGGGAACCAGUUGGGAGAAAUGGGGAAGAAGGGACUAAUGGAGAAAAUGAAAACUUCUACCAAACUGCCCUGGAGAUCAGUGGACCAAAGAUACCUUCUCCUGGACCAACAGGAAAAAGGCGUGACUAUCGUAACCUUGGCUGGCCAAGUCCUGAUGAAUGCCUGAAACUCCGUAGGGUAGAACUCACAACAGUAGCCAGCACGUGGCUUGCUGUUUCUGCUAAAAACAUUGACAUUACAGAACACAUUGAUUUUGCCACGCAGCUGCAAGAACCAGCCAUGGAGCCCCUUUGUAACCCAAAUCUACCAGCCAGUAUGCAUACUUUGGACCACCUGCAAGGUGUCUCUAGUCGGGCCAGCUUGCAUUACACUGGAGAAAGUCAGCUGAAAGAGGUGCUACAGAAUCUUGGCAAAGACCAGUACUCACCACAGUCAUUAGAACAAGUUGGUACUCGAAUAGCCAAAGCUUUGGAAAAGAAUCAGACUUCCUGGGUCCUCUCUAGCAUGGCAGCUCUUUACUGGAGAGUAAAAGGCCAAGGAAAGAAGGCGAUUGAUUGCCUACGGCAAGCAUUGCAGUACGCACCCCAUCACAUGAAGGACGUACCACUAAUAAGCCUAGCAAACAUCUUCCACAACGCAAAACUCUGGAACGAUGCCAUCAUCGUGGCUACCAUGGCAGUGGAAAUUGCGCCGCACUUUGUGGUUAAUCAUUUCACGCUGGCAAAUGUCUAUGUCGCAAUGGAGGAGUUUGAAAAAGCCAUGAAAUGGUAUGAGUCAACACUAAAACUUCAACCAGAGUUUGCCCCAGCAAAGAAUCGAAUCCGCACCAUUCAGUGUCAUUUACUCAUGAAAAAAGAGCGACGGUCUCCUUAG